GUGACGUCAGCUUGGGGCUGAACUCCCUACCUGUGGCUGGGAUCUUAAAUGAGCUGACGCUGGAAGAGAAAAGCACUUUAUCUCAGGUUUAGCGACGAGUAGCAGCAGCAGCAGAGGCAGCAAUGAGACGCUGCAUGUCCUUCACUCUCCUGCUUUGCCUGGUGUUGAGCCUUUCAGUAGGAGGCACACCUACAACAACUGAGAACGAUUCUACCUACCCUUCUUCACCAGCAACCCCUGAUAACACAACUACAACACCCGUGGAAAAUUUUACCACGUCUGAAUCAACACCAACAGGAAACACUUCUGCAACAACUGUGGGAAAUUCUACCACAUCUGCACCUCCAACACUAGAGGAGUUAUGCAAACCCAAUAUCUGUGGAGGAAACUUGGCUACAUGUGUCCCUCUGAAUACCACGUAUCUAUGCCAGUGCCCGUAUGGAUUCUACCACUACAGCAACGCUUGUCACGUAGGGACGGUAUUCCCAGGGACCAUUACGCUGCAACAAACGUUCAGUGCUAAUAUUGAUAGUGUACAUUCAAAGGAGUAUGAAGAGAUGGUCCAAAGCAUAAUAAAAUUUUUUGAUGAUGCUUUCAUUAAUAUGACAGACUACAAGCAGACCGUCAUCGUGAAAGUUGUUUCUACAGAAGCUACACGUACCAGAAGUGGUAAUAUAGUGAAUGUAACAGUGAUGAACAUCUUCACGGAAAACACAAAUGAGACCAGUGAGAAAAUUGAUGAAGCAGUAAUGAUAGCAGCAAAAAAUUCAAGCUCCGUGAGUCAGUACAAAAGUACAAGCCGUUGUGCUGUUUAUGGCUGUGAUAACACAACCACAUUAUGUGAAGAGGAUCUGUAUCCAAGAUGUGUAUGCAGAGAGGAUUUCGCAAAGACGGAGUGGGACACACAUUCUUGUUCAGAUUGCUUGAAUUGCUCAGCAAAAGCAAACAAGUUCUGUGAAAGACAAAAUGGGAUUCCAAAAUGCAAAUGCAUGUCUAACUUUAAAGAGGAGGGUGGAAAAUGUGUAAGAUGUCCAGUGGGCUACUCUGGAGAUAACUGUGAGAAUAACAAAGAACUCAUCCUUAUAAUAGUGGGCACGGUGUUGGCAGCCGUUAUCUUGUGUUUAGUGGCAGCGGUCUCAGUUGUUUCAAUAAGAGCCAAGCGCAGUCAUGAUCCGGAGAAAAAGAGGUUGAUAAAGCCAAGAAAUUCCUUCUCAAGUACCUCUGACGAGACCAGGAUGUUCCCCAGGGUCCAAACCACUUCUGGCCAUGCAAACCCAGGGUAUCAGCCAAACAACCCUUACGAGGUGCGCUCCUCAAACAGAGGUGACUUUGUGGAGAAGAAUUACGAUGAUUUGUAUGAAAUAUCACGGCAGCCCGAGGGCUUUCGGCUGCAACGCAGAUAACUGAGUGGCCAGUAGUAGAAGGAUGGACGACGACCACGGUACGGGGUCAGACCAAAGAGUUUCACAGCCUCUUACCAGCACAGUUAUUUCAUCAGCAGAGACAACAGAGUCCGUAGUACAAGAUUCUCUGAAGAUUUUCUAAAAGAAGACCCCCCUACUUGAAGGAGAAAGGCAAUAACUCUCUGAAAUAAGGGAAAAUAAAAAUUAAGCAGAGUGCAGGGAGAAGACUUCAAAAAACUAAAAGGGUCCUAUAAGCAUUAGACUCCUUUCAAGAGGCAAGUGUGUUGGCAAGAAAGCGAGUGUAGACAAGAUACCAGGAUUUUAACCCAGCUGUGUUUCAGUUCUUCUGAAAGAUGGUCCAUGCAAUAUGUGUGAUGCUGAAAGCACCAGCUGCCUGAGCUUUGCCUACGUUUGUGCUCACUCGCUUCAGGCAGAGGCUGCCUGCAUAGCUUUGGGCACAUCAAACAGUAUCAAAACUUUUAUUCAUGAGGACCUAACUUUGUUCUCUUUUCUAUAUCAGUCUUUCUCCUUUCCUCAGCCCUCCAAUAUUUCCUCUCUGAAAGCAUUCAGUUCAGAUCUCUGUUGGCACCUGUUGUGAGAGACAAUGGCCCUGUCUGACCUCUUAUGCAGCCUUCCUUCCCAAUACAGCCACAAAAACCAUUACCUUCAGACAAGCACUGUUGUUCUCCAUCUCACGCAAAUACAUUGAUUUUAUGUUCUCAGCUGCUAUGGAAAAUGUUAGCACUUUUUUUCCUCUUGCAAUCUGUAAGUUUAGAUCAUCUUAAAUUAUUCUUUUUCAUUACUUAAUAAAUAAUUCUGUUAAAAAAUCUGCAUUUUAUGGAGAAUACAUGUGCAUUAUCUGUUGA